UACGACGCAACCGACACAUUUUCUUCAGCAGCCUGUGGUUUCUGUGGUGAAGGUGGUGGUUGGCGCUCUUCUUUUAGGCUUGCUGAUGACCCAAUUUGGGCAGCAACGCUUGUCUGUGGAGUAAGAGGAUCGGCAGGUCGUGGCGAGUUUGUCGCAGACGCUUGA